AUGGCGACCGAGGCUGCUCCUGUCAAUGGCCUAUAUGGCACCAACCAGUACAGCCAGCCAGCCGAGCUUGCAGCUUCCACUCCUUCUGCACCCACCCAUGGAGCUUCCGCUUCUCAAUCCACUUCAACCUCCGCCACAGCUCAAAAGGCCGAUCCUCAAGAAAUCGGUUGGUACUUUGUCGAACAAUAUUACACUACUUUGUCCAAGAGUCCUGAAAAGAUACAUCUAUUUUACUCCAAGAAAUCUCAACUCGUUACUGGUAUUGAGGCUGAUAAGGUGGUUCCCGCUGUUGGCACAAAGGCUAUUAGUGACAAAAUCAAAGCCCUAGACUUCCAAGACUGCAAAGUCCGCGUCCUCAAUGUUGAUUCUCAGUCCUCUUUCACAAACAUCGUGGUCCAGGUCAUUGGUGAAAUGUCAAAUAAAUCUGAACCACACCAUAAAUUCGUCCAGACCUUUGUCCUCGCCGAACAACCCAAUGGUUACUUUGUUUUGAAUGACAUCUUCCGAUACCUCAAAGAUGACGAGGACGAAAUUGUGGAUGAUGAGCCAGUCCAGCCCGAGGUCCCUGCUGAGGAGCCACCUACUCCAGCUGAUGGACAGGUCAACACCGAGGAUCAUCCUGAAGAGGUUGUCGCCUCUGAGACCUCCAUCGAAAAGGUUGACGAGAAGCUUGAAGAGGAGAAGGCUGCCGUGGAUGAAACCGAAACUACCGAAGUUAAUGGCGCGCUUGUCCCCACUGCCACUGAGGAAUCGGCUGCUGUUCCCGAGAGCACCUCUGUCACCGAAGAAACUGAGGAAAAGAGCGUUGAAGCGCCUGCAGAAGAACAGGCCGCUGAGCCCGAAAUCUCUGCUGCCACAACCGCUCCCACUGAGACUGCAAGCUCCGCCGCUCCUGAAGCACCUCCAGCCAAGAAAACCUGGGCAAGCAUGCUUGGUGGCGGUGGUGUGAAAGCACCUGCAGUUCCUGCUCUUCCCGUUGCUACCCCUACCAGUCAAUCCAAAUCAUCUCGUCCAGCACCAGCUGCACAGGCUUCCAAGCCAACAUCUGAUGCUGCUGCUCCAGCACCCAAUACCACGAGCAGCACCCCCACGUCACAGAGCAAUGGUUGGCAAACAGCCGAGGGAAAGAAGGGAAAGACUGGGCAGAGCAAGCCUACCGAAGGUGUGGUUCUCGCAUACAUCAAGAAUGUGAAUGAGAAAGUCGACGCUCGAAUUCUACGUGAAGUUUUGGAAAGCUUUGGAGAGCUCAAAUACUUUGACGUCUCUCGCCAACGAAACUGUGCGUUUGUCGAAUUUGCCGACCCUAGUGGCUAUGCUGCUGCUGUCGCCGGCAAUCCUCAUACUGUUGGGACCGAGACAAUCUCUGUCGAAGAGCGAAGACCCCGCCCCACCGCCUAUGGUGGUGCUGGUGGUAACUUUGCGGCUGGCAACAACUAUCCCUCCAACGCCCCCAACAACACCCGCGGUAACGGUAACGCCGGACGUGGUGGUGGUGCUCGAGGUGGCUUCCAGGGAUCCCGUUCAGGUAGCCAAACCAACUUUCCCAAAGAUGCCGGACGUGGUGGUUUCCAACCUCGAGGAGGCAAGUCCGGACGCGGACAGACCCAGACUGCUUAA